AUGCCCAAGUCUCCCUCCCCCUCGGUCCGCACAGCAAUGAUGCUGGCAGGCCGCAUGCCUGUGAUAGCAGAAGACGACUCCCUCCCGGCCGUCACGCACCCAUCCCAGGCAGCCCUCCCGUCUCCGCCUCCCUCCCGCAGCACAAAACCGAAACUUUACGGCCGCCCUCAGAAGAUCGCACACCCGUUCCACCCCUACCCGUACCCGACCGUCCCGCCGCCCGCCUACUCCCGCAGCUCCUCUCGCGAAAGCUCCCGGAGCACCGUCAGCACGAGGAGCCUCCUCUCCGGCGGCUCCUCGGCCGGCAGCAGCAUCGCGGGCGGCAGCGGGCCCAACUCGGGCGCCUCGACGCCCCGGAGCACGUACAAGGGCCGCUCGCAGCUCCUCCCCAUCACCACUCCCAUGGGCCCGAUAGAAAACAGGGAUGAAAAGGUGUUGAAGGCAAAGGAACUGAGGAGGCGGAGAUGGUACAUGGUCGUCCUGUUCAUCAUGAUCAUCGGCCUCGUGGUCGGCCUGGCCGCAGGGCUUACCAUCUCCUCGCGCAAACAAACUACAACCACGCCAACAAACACAACCGUCCCAAACAUCUUCCCAGCAGGCUCCUUCGCCUUCAACACGGCCCUCGCAGACGUGGCCACAAACUGCACCGCCAACCCGGCGACGUGGCGCUGCUUCCCCUACGAGACGUACAACCAGUCCCUCACCUCGGGCUCCGCGAACGGCUCCCUCGCCACGUACUACUGGACCAUCACCCCCAGGAACUCGUACACCUACCAGAUCUCCUCGUCCGCGAACCCCUUCUCCCCGCAGUUCGCCAACCUCAGCAUGGCCCUCUUCGACGGCAACUCGUACAACGAGCGCCUCGUCUUCAACUUUACGCUGCCCAAGAGCGUCGUCCCCUCUGAGGCCAUCGCGGCGGAUCACAAGGCCGCGACGUGCGUGUACGCCGACACGGCGUUCAGCGCGACGCUGUGGACGCGGAAGAAUAGCAGCGUCGGGGCCGGGUCGGCUGCGGCGGACGGGAACGUGACGGCCGUGUCGGACGGGAGCAAAUGGGCUAACUGGCCCGGGCAGAUUGAGAUUACGCAGAUCAAGAGCGGCGGGGGCCCGGAGUGCAAGGAUUCUGAUGGGAAUGCGGUCAGUGUGGCGGCCGGAGAGGGGCAGUGCGAGUGCCGGUACGCCAACCUUGGAUUGGGGGCUUGA